AUGGCUGCUAAAGAUGCUGUACAAAAAGAAAAAGAAUCUCACAAAGAACAGAUUUAUUAUUCAGACACUUACAAAGAUGAAAUGUACGAAUAUCGUCAUGUUAUUUUGCCCAAGGAAAUUGCUAAGAAAGUGCCUAAAGGUCGAUUAUUAACAGAACAUGAAUGGCGACAUCUUGGUGUUCAACAAUCCCUUGGUUGGGUUCAUUUUAUGAUUCAUGAGCCAGAACCUCAUAUUUUAAUAUUUCGCCGUUCACUCAAAGUUAGUCAACAAGUUCAACAGCAACGAGCUGCAGCAGCUGCUGCUGCCCAUGCUCAACAACAGUUCAAUGCUGUACAUAUGAAAUAG